AUGAAUAGCCGUUUUGUUCCCAAUACCAUUCAAGCUUCCUUUGAGAGUGGAGAGGACUCUCACGAUCAAGCUGCUACCUCCAUGAUUGAUUCCGGGACGAGUAAAACCUCCAAUCAGUCCUCCUCUGUCCUCACCAGUGCUGGAACAGCGACCCGAGUGAGGGAUCAACUCUUCAUGUUUUUGGUGAACGUAAAUUCCAAAACCAGGAAAAUUUCGAACCGAAAAGAAGCCUUCUUGAAUGCUCUCCUCUAUGCCUAUGUUUUUUACGUGAGUGUGGUUGUUUCGUCCUAUUCCAGUCUGUAUCUUUAUGAUCAUCAAUCAGGCGAUUCUGCAUCAUCAGGAACUACUCACGCCUUUUCCAAUUGGGGCCGUGUUGGAGGAUGGAUUUGGAGAGUCUUGUUUUAUCCCAUCCAUUUUGCCUUGGAACAUUAUCCCUAUGUAGCCCUAGUUGCCCUCUCGUGCGUCUUUGUUGCGUUGGAAGCAGCCUUCCUGUCCUCUCUCUACUUGUUUCGAUGGCUCUCGGAUCGAGGACAUGCCGCUCUUCCACAAAUUCGCAGAGUGUUGCGAUGGGUUGAAAUUGCGUUCGUCAUCUUCUCUCCCUUCAUGACAUGGGUUCAUUGUGUGCCCUUGUCGGUCCAUUCACAGCUGCAAACACUCAUUUACUUCCCACAGGUGAGUUUUUCAUCGUCCAUGAAUAUUGCGUUUGUGGCGAUUGGAGUUGUGGGUUGUGUCUUGCAAAGUGUGGCUGUGGUAGUUGGAGUGUUCAUUUCCGUUGAAACCAUUCCCCCUUACAUGAAAUAUGUCUUGUUCUCCAUGGAGAGAGAAUAUCCCCUCAUUGUUUUAAUUCUCACGAAUAUGGCGAGUGUUCUUGUAACCACCGUUUGUGGACCUCAGAAUAUGAUUGCGUCAUCAUGCAUCAAAAUCGUGUUGGGUCUUGUCACAUGCUUGUUUUUUAUUAAGGCACUUCCUUUUUACAAGAGAUGGGAAAAUUCGAUUGCGAUUGGAGUUGUGAGCUGUAAAGUGAUUGGACCCAUUGGAUAUCUUAUAUCUAGUUUCUUUACUGGUAAUGCUGGCAAUGAUAUUGAGACCAUUGGAGGCGCUAUCACAGGAGCAACAUUGGCAGCAUUUUUAAUUGUUUUCAUUGUUGGUUUUGUUGCAAGCGAAAUUUAUUUGAGAGUGAUCGUGAGCAUUGUCAGAAAACCAUUAUUGGACUACUUCAAUAAUAAGGGUUCUUCAAAAUCAGGUGCCGUUCAACUUUAUAAUCAGUUCGAGAGUUCAAAAGAAAUGAAAUAUCUCAAUACCUUUAUCAAAUUUGCUCUUUCAAAUUUUGAUACAACAGAGGAUAGUGAUUUUUUGAUUGCCAACAAUUUUGUUACAAAAUGUGCCUCCAGUAAGGCGCUUGUUAAUGUGGAUUUUCUAAUUUUGAGUGCCUUGUAUUUUGGAUUUUUUGGAUUGGAAGAAGAUCAACUCAUGAACACUGUGACUGCAGUAUCAAACUUAUCACGUGCUUACAAGCAAGCACCAUCUAUCAUUCAAAGAUAUCACCUUGUCUUAAGAACGAAAGAAAUUGAAACCAACGCUUCCAAUGCAAAAACAUUUAACAUGGAACUCAAACAACAAAUGACCAACGUAGACAAGAAGCAACAAGUAGUCAUGUACUUUCACAGAGAAUUUUUCAAGGAGUUACUAAUAGAAAAAUCAUCGAUCACCAAGUUGGAAAAUAUUAAUCGAACCAUUUGUAAACUAUUACAAGACUGUGAUAAUAGGUUUAGAAAUAUGUUUCUUUCACACCGUAAUAAUAAGACUCUAUUGAGAGCCUAUGCAUCGUAUUUGGAGAAUUGCAGAUGGGAAACUGACACUGCCAAGCAACUCUAUGAGGAAGCGAACAUGUUAGAAGAGGAAGAUGCACGUCGAGAGAAUAAGAAGAAGAUUAACUCCAACCUUAUGCAAAAUCCUUUAACCGCUUCUCAAAAACUACUCAUGGCUAAGAACAAAAUCGUGCCAGCAGUAAGGUCCUAUGAUCAAUUUGAAGAACAGGAAUAUCAGAUCGAAGAAGAGGCGGCAGCAGCUGAAGGAAACCCUGCCCAGGAUUUCGUCAUGGUGGAUGAAAAACCUACCGACGACGAUAAUUGGGAAUCGGUGAGCGUCGCCGGCAAUGAAGAUGAGAAGAAGGCACAGUUUUAUCGUGCAGCCAUAAACACAAGAGAAGACUCGAGUGCCUAUCGAAUUUGGUUUGCCAUAUUUUGUGUUCUGUCCACUUUGGUUGUUGCUACUUGUUUGAUCACUUCAUUACUUCUCUUACAAAAUUUUUCGAAACAAAUUUCUCUUCAAGAAAAAGUUUGUUCAUUGAGUGGAAUUCCUCAUUUGUUGAAUGGACAAAUAAGAGCGGUUCAAGCACGUUUAAAUAUGGCAUCGCAUGAAAUAGAUCGAAUAGAAUUGGCUGAAAUGAAAAUUAUUGCAAGGGAUCAUAUGCAGCUCCUUUUAAACAAAGUUCACGAUGUACAAAUGGCCUCAACGAGUGGCGAAUUUAUAGAUCAAGUAGUGAAAACGUACACUAAGGUUGAAUGGAAAUAUUAUGUACCUACGUCACAACCUGAUGAAUCUCUUAUGCCAAUCUAUGAAGUCAGUAACGCAUCCAUAGGUGACUUUGUCGACAUUACACUUGACUCCGGUGAAGAUAUUUUGGGCAUGAUAAACGAUUUGACAGAAUUUAACAAAACUGUUUCCAACUAUCCAUUUCUCAUGGUUUAUUUGAAUAGAGAUAUCAUUGCAAAUGCCUUCGAUUCGUUUUGCGUCUCGUUUUUAGAAGGAACAAAAACCACUACCCAACAGUCAUCCAUUAUUUUCCAUUCCAUUUACGGCAUUGUGUUAGGUCUUUAUUUAAUAUUUAUGUUGAUCUAUGUUGCAGUAAUGAGAACGCAGUUGCUGCAGAUUUCUCGAUUGAUUAGUGCUGUUUUUAGGAAAAUCCCCAACAAUGAAAUGGGAAAAAUAUUUCACAGUUUUUCUGCAAAAGUUGAAGACAAUCAUUUACAUAAGGUUAAAAUUACACUUUUCACACCUCAAGUUCUCUUCUCAGCCACAACAAUGGUUGUGGUUGCAAUUGUAGUCAUUGUAUGGAUUCUACUCAUUAUUGAAUAUAAUAUGAACGCUCAAAAAGCUCAAACAACCAUGAUUGCCACAAACAGUCUGAACACUGUGGUCAAAAGUACCAUGUUGGUGAAUUUCAAUCUCAUAGAGACUGCAAAGAAGAGUCAGCUCAUCUCAACCUCCUUUGCUGAAUUGAAACGAGUCAAUCAAGAACAAUUGAUUGUGGCAACAAGCACCUGGAGAGCACUCUCAGUAGGCAUGGAAAGCCAAAACUACAAGUCUGCCGUGUAUAAUGUGUUUCCCGAAAUUGAUCAACUAUUGAUUGGAGGUUGUACAAACUCGUCUAAUACCACGGCAAAAAUAGAGUCUCCCAUUCCAUACAACGCCUCUGAGGUCAGUGAAGAGAAACUGCAAUCCAUAUUGAGUCAAUACCCAAAUGCUGCGUGUUUGGGUAUGGAAGAUUUAAUUGAUAUAAUCAGCUCGCACUCAACAGAAUUGACGCAACAAUUCUUCUCUGGCUUUUUGUCCAAAGAAAUGUCAAUGGAGAUUUAUUUUUCACACGUUUACUAUUAUAGCGUGGCUUUUUCUCAAAAGAUUUUUAAAUUCAUCUCUACAUUUGUGAAUUUAUCAAAAUCACCAUCCAUUGCGAUUACAUAUACCUGUGCAUUUAGUGGCUUGGCAUUGUUGUUGAUUCUCUUUUACUUGUCUUUUGAUUCAUUACAGACAUUUUGGGAAGAAAAGCAUGCCAUGAGAACUCUUUUAAACUAUACUCAUUGGAGCGUGAUAGAAACACAAGACUACCUGAAAGACUAUGUUCUGUCUCAUGAAAUUAGCGGCUAUACUUAUCAAUUCCUUAACAAGUUCAAAAAUAGAGAAUUGAAAGGGAAAACUUCAGACUCUAAAAACGAUAUGGACGAUCCAAUGUCUGUGACACGUUCUAUUCUGAGCGCUGCAGUAGAUGGAGUGGCGAUUUGUUCUCAAACUGGAAGAGAGCUUUCUUUGGUCAUUCAAGAAUUCAACAAAUCCGCUGAGGAAAUGUUCAUGCACAAACGAAAUGAGAUAUUUGGUCUCGAUAUCUCACUCAUGUUUUCACCAGAAAGCCAUUCACAAAUUAAGAAAAUUCUUUCUGGAAUGAUGUCUUCUAGUGCAUCCUGUAGUGAUAUUUUAGAGACAAAUUGCUUAAGGAAGAAUAAGAGCACAUUUCCAGCCAAAGUUACCAUUUGUUUAACAUAUUUCCAAAAGAAGCCUAUCGUGACCUUCUUUUUCAGAGAUGUCACAAUGGAAAAGAAACAAAAUUCACUCAUUCAAGAAGAAAAGCAAAAGAGCGAGCAAUUAUUAUUGAAUAUUUUACCAAAACCAGUGGCCACUCGUUUGCUAGAAGGUGAAAGAAACAUUUAUGAGAAGAUUCCUGACUUAUCAGUUUUUUUCAGUGAUAUGGUUGGGUUCACUAGUAUGAGUUCAAAAAUGGAAGCGAGUGAAUUGGUGGCCAUGUUGAAUGAAAUUGUCGAGUGUUUUGAUGUAUUGACAGAUAAGCAUGGCUUGGAUAAAAUUAAGACUAUUGGUGAUGCAUAUUUUUGUGUUGGAGGCGCUUAUGCUUCCAAAGUAUCGGACCAUCCUGAACGAAUGUUAAAAUUUUGUAUUGAUAUUUUUACAUUUUUACACAAAUAUAAUAAGGAAAAGAAAAAGAGAGUGAAUGUUCGAAUAGGAAUUCAUACUGGAGCGGCUGUUGGUGGGGUGAUCGGAACCAAAAAAUUCGCAUUUGAUUUAUGGGGAGACACAAUCAACACAGCUAGCAGAAUGGAAUCUACAGGUGUGGCUGGUAGAGUACAAAUAUCACGUUCCUGUUAUGAAAGAGUGCAUGAUUUAGGUUAUCAAUUUGAAGAACGUGAACCAAUAGAAGUUAAAGGCAAGGGCCAAAUGCAAACGUAUUUAUUGGCUGCCAAACAUCAUCCUUCUCCUAUUCCUAUUGAAGAGAAUCUCAAUGUUGUGAGUGAAAACAAAUCAUUUGAUGAGAGUAGCAACUCUUCCACAAAAGAAUUUUUGAUCACAAAAACUCUUGCUCGAACAUUAACCAGUGGAGAUAAUUUAUUUGAGGUGGACAAGGAUAUCGAAGUCAAGUCCAACAAAUCCAACAAAUCUGUAAAAACCAACUCACAGCCAAAUAUUCUUCUGAAAUAA